GACAGAGCAGCGUCAGACGAGGCGCUGGCCAGUAGCAAGCCAUCGCGCGCACUCGAAUUCGUGACGAGCGCAGCGGAUUGGAAUUGCGUUUGUCGUCUCGUUGCGGUGCUGGCGAACGAUUCACUUGUCCAGGCAGCUGUCGCCUCGCUUGUGGUGGCCCUGACUCCCGUUGCGCUGUGGUGCGGAGGGAGGGAGUUGAAUCGAUGGAGGAAUCAAUGUGCCGGUCGUGCUGCUGCUAACGCUGAAGUGUUGAGCUCUCGAAGGUGCGGGGAAGUCGAUUGAUCGAUAGCGGGGGAGCGCUUGCGCUGCCGAGGCCUCAGGAAGUGUAGCCUUUCUCUCUCUUUCGCUCUCUCGUGGGGUAGGACAGGACGUCGAAAUUGCUUUCGUUGUGUCUUUGGAGUGCGGGCGAAGAAUUGGUCGAGUCGCUGGGGCAGCUGUCGCCUUCUUUUUGGGUGGCCCAGGCCUCCCCACCCUUGUGGAGAGAGGGCGGGAGGGAGAGUGGGACCAAAUGAAGAUUGAAUGAACCGUUCGGGCUGCCCGGGACGGUGAUGGUGAUGACGGUGAUGGGAUGAGCUCUCAGAGGCGCCGUAAGCGGGGGAGUCGAUUGAUCGAAGGGUGGUGAAUAAGAAGACGCCGGCGCUCGUGCUGCCGAGAAUUGAGAAAUUGUAGAUUCUUUCUCGUGGCGAAGGACAGGACAAGAUGGUUUUGGCGGGCGCUUGUCGCAGUGUUUUCAGCAGAGGAGUCGCGCCCUGCGCUUCGUCAUGGACUUCUUCCGCCUUUUCGGAUCGAAAGCUCGGUCGCAAGGUGAAGCUUUCAGGAUGCGGCAGAAGUGUUCGGGAAACGUCUGGUCCAGUGAUGGUGCGUGCUGUUUUGGACAAAUUGGCUGGAAGUGGCGGGCAGAGCGGCAGCAGUGGAUCCAGCGAUCCGGCUCGCCUGGCGUUGGAGAGCUUGUUCGCUCAAGCUUCGAGAUAUGAGGAGAAAUUGGCCGAUCCCUUAUUUGAGUCAUCUGAGCAGAAUUUGGAACAGGCUGUGUCAGAAUUGGAAGUGGACUUGAGGACUGCCGUCGAGGCUCUGAGAGACAAAGAGGAGCAGCUACUGGAAGCGGAAGCAGCCCUCAAGGAGGAUCAGCGGGAGCUUCACAAUGCGACGUCUGCCUUGUAUAGUCGAGAGAAGGAGCUGGAGCUGGCGAGCUACAGCCAUCUGCAGAGGAAGGAAGAGCUUCGGAAGACCAAAGAGGAGCUCGCCAAGUAUGCGAACGAGCUCAAACAAGCCAGCAAGGUUGUGAAACAGAGGGAGGAGGAGGUAGAGCAAGCAUACGUUUCACUUGCCAAGUUGGAAUCCGAGUUGAGUAGAUCUCGAGCUCUGAUGGCAGAGAAAGACGAGUCGCUUGCGAAAGUUGCCACGGACUUAAAGUCCCAAAGCUCAAAGCUACGUAUUGCCGAUGAUUUCGUCGUCAAGCAGGACCUUGAGAUUAAGUCCCUCAGAGCCCUGGUUCAAGAGAAGGAAUCGAGUUUACUGAGAUUACAAAGGGAAAAGAUGGUGAAGCAGGAGAAGCUCGAGCAGACCGAGGCGGAAUUGGAGAAGCGUGCCAAGUCAUGGAUGAUUGCACAGCAGGAGUUGAAGGCUUUGGAGCAGGAGCUGAAAACGGAGAGAAUUGCAAAUGAGGAGCUGAAAACCAUCAAGAAGCUUCUAGCAGAGGUCGAGGACGAGCUUGAAAUGUCUCUGGCUUCGGCAGAGACCUACCGGUCUGCGGUCGAAGAGCAGGACUUGCUGCUCGAGAAGCAGGACGAGGAGUUCAACGCCCAGAGUCUUUUAUUGGAAGAGUUCCAAACCAAUCUCGAGUUUGCCAAAUCUGAAUUACUGAAGGAAAGGGACAUGUUGAAACGUGCGCAGGCUUCCUAUGAGACGCUUCAGAAGGAGAUGGACGAGGCCAAGAGGACUGUCGAAAUCUUGAGCGAGCAGUUGGUGCAAGAAAAGGAGGCGCUGCGAGAUUCCGUCCAGUUGGUUAACUCCUUGAAAGCUGACUUGCAGCUGAAGGACGAUUCUCUGACGGACACAACCUUGGCCUUGCAGCUGAAGGAAGCCGAACUUAUCUCGGCCAAAUUGGAGCUUCAGCACGUGAAGUCAAAGUUCUCACUAGUGCAGCAUAAUCUGACUGCCAAGACCAGAGAGCUGGAAGCAGCCCAAUCCAUGGUGCAGGAACUUCGGAAGGAAGUCUCACAGGUGAAGUCUCUAUUACAGAGCAAGGAAGAGCAACUCCGGAAGCUGACCACACUACUGCAGGAGAAGGAAGAGCAGCUGUCUAUCAUGAGGAUAGAUCUCGAUGAUAGCAAAGUACAGCUCUCAGAGGCCACAUCGGUUGUGGAGCAGAUCUCGGCUCUGUCGAGGGCUUUAGUAGACUCAGCGAAGCAAGGAGCCACUUCCACUCAUGAUGACGAGUCCGUUCUCAUGCAGACCAAUUUAGAACUCUUUUCAGCGAAUAGGAGCUUACUCGAACGGGAGUUACAGUUGCAGCACUAUCAAGAGAAAGCCAUGGAGAAUGCAAUUUUGAGGGAGGAAGUCGAAGCCGAACUCGAAGCUGUGCAGGAAUGUUUGAAGGAGAAAGACAACGAGCUCGUCGAAACCCGGGAAGCCCUGUUCGAGAAGGAGCAAGAGCUGAAACAGGUGCUCGCCAGAUGGGAAAGCCGAGAAAAGGAGCUCCACCAGUUGGCCGAGGAGUUGAUGACCGAGGCGAAGACUCUAACAAGUCUGCGGUCUUUUCUCCAAGAGAAAGGAGACGGAGCCAGGGUUCAGACCAUGGGGCCGACGGAGGCCAUGGACCUGGAAAUAGCCAAGUUGGAAGUUGAAAGUACACUCUGUGCCCUUCAGAGUUUGGCUGACCUUAGCAAGCAGCUCGUAGAUAAAAGCACGGAAGAACUAUCUUCCUAUUCUUCACCCACUAGCAUAAGCUUAGAAACUAAUGAUUUUGUAGAAAGCCUUAAGGGACAGCUAGUUGAGAAAGACUCAGCUCUAGAGCUUACGAAAAGUGCCUUAGAUAGUCUCACCAGACUGACGGAAAGGCUGGUGCUUGAAGCUGGAGUUUAGUUCCCUGUACCUUCUUUGUUGAUUUGAUUCAGGCUGUCGUAACCUUAUCGAGCUUGUACAGGAUACUCGUCAGGUUUCCUACUCUUGGCAGGAAUCAAAGACAUUGUACUUUAUGGUCGAUGUAAAAUGAAUUCUACUUAGGAAAUUGAGCACAAUUUUUUUGUGCAUGUUUGG